AUGUCUUCUUCUUCUUCGACAUCAUCAUCAUCAUCAUCGCCGUCUACAUCUCAGAAUGAUAGUCGCAAUGCGGCUGGUACCAGCACCGCACGACAAAGAAGGGAGUUUGAAGGGCCAUCAUCUUCGAGACGACGUGCCGUCAGUGAGGUCUGGCCGGAGCCUUUCCUUGAAGCCCUCGCGGCCCAAGUAGCCAUUGCCGCUUCUCGCAACAUUGGCCGCCUCGCCGCCGCCGCCGCACUCGCCAAUCUCUUCCAGGUGUGUUCAACAUGGCGCGCGGUUUCCCACUCGGAUCCGCUCUGGCACCGGCUCACUCGCCGGAUUUGGGGCCGGACCCAACUUCUGCAGGACACGUGGCAUGACGAGUACGUAUACCGGCAUCGGACGGCUAGAAACUUCCGGACAGGGAGGUACUCGCACACAAGGCUGUACUUUGAUCCUUCUGACGUGGACGACCCCGACGGGCUGACCUGCCGGUGCCUCACCCUCUCCGACACCCACCUUGCGUGCGGCUUUGCCGACGGCGUCGUCCGCCUCUUCGAACUGGCCACGCGCCUCCACGUCAGCACGUACAGGCCCCACCACGGCGACCGGCUGGGGCAGUUUUCACGGGCGGUUACGGGGAUCGUCAUCAGCGAUUCCCGGCUCGUUUUCGCCACUCUUCGCGGGGACAUACACGUGGCGGUGGUGCCGGGUCCGGAAAUCACGCGGAGGGCCCACCUGGGGGAGGUGAUGAACGACGGCGUUUUGGUGGACUUCACCGGCUGCGGGAGGUGGUGGGUGGGCCUCUAUGCCGGGGUUCCGGGUCGGGCCAUCCACAUCUGGGACGGUAACACCGAGGAACUCGUGUUCGUGGGCGGGUCGUUGACCGACCCGGAAUCCCUGGCGGGUUGGCACAUGCUCACGGACCUGACCGGGUUCGUGGGCAGGGUCCGGGUCACGACGCAAGAGACCGCCGUGGCCUGCACGAGCGCGAGAGUCAUCGUCUUCGAUUUAAGGAACGAAGGAGUGGUCCUGACCGACGACGAGUACAGAAGAGGAGUUGUAGUGACGUCUGUGGACGUCAGCAGCGCGGCGUACGUGGCGGUCGGGUACAGAGGGAUGGCGAGGGUGCGGGCGGCGGACACGUCGCAGGAGCUGUGCAGGUUCAUGGUGAGCGGCGCCGGGCAGAUGGGGGUGAUGGGGUGCAUGAACGGUGGGUACGCGCUGAUGUGCGGCGGCGGGGUGGUGAGGGUUUGGGAGGUGGAGAGGGGCGAGUACCUGUACAGUUUCAGGGAGCGCGUGGGUGCCGUGAGCGCUUUCGUCUGCGAUGAACGACAUGUCGUAGCGUGGGGGAGUUAUACGACACUGCACUUGUGGGACUUUGGUGAUGCGGGGGAGGAGUAG